AUGUUCAAAUUGGUGGUGUUGUCAGCUCUCGUAGCCGUAGCCGUAGCUAAGCCCAGCGGUGUAUUGCACUCCGCAGUGGUGGCUCCAUCUUUGGCAUAUUCCGCCCACAUCGUGGAAUCAGUGCCAGCAGCAGUGAGUCAUUCCUACAGGAGUGACGUCAUCAACGAACCGAUCAUAGCCGCCCGUACUGUCGUAGCCGCCCCCAGUGUAGUAGCUGCCCCAGUAGUCCACCAAGUCGUCGCUCCCGUUUCCUCUGCCGUCAGCCACCAGUACAGGAGUGACGUCAUCAGCGAACCCGUCGUGGCCGCUUAUUCCGCCCCUGUCGUCCAGAAUGUGGUGGCCCCAGUGGCGGUGUCUUCGGGGGUGAGCCACACUUACAGGAGGGACAUCGUCAACGAGCCAGUUGUGGCUGCAUACGCUGCUCCCGUAUUCAGUCACGGCGUUGUUGCCGCUCCCGCUUUGAGUUACGCAGCUCAUGUUCCAGCUGUUCAGGCUUGGUGA